CCGCACUUGUCCGUUUGUAAUUAGAGCGGUGAUGACCGAGCGUGCGCGCGGAUACUGUGCUCCGCAGAGUUCACUGGAAGGAGUUGAGCAAGACUGUCAUUUCAAAGCGGAUCUUUUAAAAAUAGCCCAUCAUAUGUUUCCGUUUCAAAUGUGAAACUCAAACCCCACACCCCCCGACACGCUCACUCAUAAACACAUUCGGAGAUCGAGAGGUUUUUCAGGAUUAAUGUGGAUCUGUAUUUUAGAGAAGACUCAAAUACAGUCGUGAUUUGUGGUAUUUCAAAAGGACGUGCCAGCAGGGCAGUUUGCCAGCAGGGCAGUAAGGCUGAGAAGUCACGUUGCUGCAGAAUACACCUGAACUGGGAUGUGACUUAGUCACGCGCUUCUACAGCCGAACGGCACGGGUUCUGUUAAUUACGCUGCUCGUGCCUUGACUCGGGGAGAGGGCGAAUGCAUUCAGAUCUGACCUUUCCAACCCCCUGGAAUGAAUGUGGUGGUUUAAAUAUCCGCCUUUGCAGACUUAAACUAGAAGACUCCUGGAACUUCAGAAGCACCUUGCUCGUGCGUCUGAUAUAGGAAACGUUCUUUGCAAACCUUGUGUACCACGCUGAACAUGGGAUUACAUCUACAUCCUUAACCCCAGCCACGCAUGUCACACGAUGCUCACGAGGGUGGCGCCACAUCUGGCUGUUAUGACUGCUGGUCAGAAACAGUCAGAUUUCCUCCUCCUUACGUGAAAGGAUACCGUGCAAAGUUUCUGCAGAACACUGCACAACGCUAAUGUGCCGGUUAGACACGCAUGCAUGUAGAAACCAGGAAGCUAUUUUAAAAAGGUUUGCCAUGGGUCUGAAAGCACAAGCUACGAUGACGUUGAACAACCGGGAGGCUUACCUAAAUGCAUAAAGGUCUGUCAGGCUUAAUGGCCUAUUGCAACGGUAUUCAUGCCAGUUGGAAAUUUAGGUUCGGGGUUAAUUUGGCUUUAAGAAGACAGCUGUUCUCUGGACUUGUCCUGUUCUAGGGCGAGUGCGCAAGCCCACGUGACCAUUACAUCAAGGAUCUGUUGUUGCUUUUAUGUAGCAGUCAUAAUUACUGCAGACUGCUGUAAGCGUAUGAUAUCUGUAAUAUUAAUUCACAUGACGCAGCAUCAGCGUGUAAUGGUAUAUGGUUGCUGCUGUUCGCCGACACAGAGAGGUGUUGGCCUUGCCCACGCGAAUGCGCGCCAGGUGUAAGCGUGCCAAUGAAAGGGGCGUGGUUUACCUGCUCGAGCUGUGCCAUAUAAGUGACCCAGCGCGUGCGCUUCCCUUCACUGCUGGAGGGAGAAAAUGAGAGCAGCGCGCGCGCUACCGAACGGUUUGCUUUUGAACGGGCCGCUUAUCGCGUGAAGUUUGAGCUCGUAAACUCUUCAACCAUGAGCACGGGCACACCGUACAUCGGGAGUAAAAUAAGUCUGAUCUCAAAGGCCCAGAUUCGCUACGAAGGGAUAUUGUACACGAUUGACACCGACAACUCUACAGUGGCCUUGGCGAAAGUGCGCUCCUUCGGCACGGAGGGUAGACCCACCGACAGGCCCGUUCCGCCUCGGGACGAGGUUUUUGACUACAUAAUCUUCAGAGGAAGUGACAUCAAAGACAUCACUGUUUGUGAACCCCCCAAGCUGCACCAUGGUUUGCCGCAAGAUCCUGCAAUCGUUCAGUCCUCGGUGGGUGGCUCCUACGGGCCCCAGGGAGCUUAUAGUCCCUACAGAAGCAUGAUGCCAUCCUACAACCCGCUUGCUGCCAGCACGCUCCUCAGCCAGCAGUACGUGGCAGCUCUGGGCCUGGGUCUACAGGGGUCUCUGAGAAGGGCCCCAACGGUGGAGCAGGCUGUCCAGACUGUGCCCCCUGAGGGAGCUGCUCCAAAGAAAGGUUUGCUUGCGCCACCACAGCAAGCGAGGGAGGCUGUCGGACCACCGAGAUCCAGCAGGGGUAGCCCUCAGACGCGCAGGACCACUGAACUCGGGAACGCAUCGACCACUCAAAGUGACAUGCAGGGAACAAGCCAAGCCAACGAUGAGAACAGACCUCCGCAGCGGAGGAGACAAGGGAGUCGCAGGUCGAGGAAUCGUGGACGAGGCCAGAUCAUCGUGGGCAACACCAAGCCAACCACCCUUCAGUUUGAGUCAGACUUUGACUUUGAAACGGCUAAUGCCCAGUUCAACAAAGACGCCCUUUCAAAGGAACCCCGGGACGACCAGAAUGUCAAAGACACUGAAGAGAUGAAGACUGGCGACGGACCAGCAGAGGAGGAGCUCCUGGGCUCCAAGUGCUUUUACAACAAGGCAAAAAGUUUCUUUGACAACAUCUCUUCAGAGCUGAAGACGCACAACAUGGGCAGAAGAACGCAAGCUGAACGUGGAGACUUUUGGAGUGCCGGGUCGCUUCCUCCGGGGCCGUGGCUUCAGGGGUGGUUACCGAGGGCAACGGGGCAGAGGGCUCGUUCAGCGUUUUGCCCCCCUGCCAGCAGUGGGUAGCGGCAGACUGUGAGACUGGCAGAUAUUGAUGCCUCGGCAGACUGGGCAGACUGGUGCCAGACUGGUCAGCUUUCCUCUCCGGUUGAGGCUCUUUCAACUAAUCAGUUUUGUUUUGGUUUUUGUUUUUUUUGUUUUUUCUCCCCCCGCCCCCCUCUAAUUGGCUCAUGCACUAUUGCUAAUUGUUGGCUAUUGGUUAACGUAUAAUAUGAACAGAUUUGCACAGAAACUGAAAUGCACGGUUACCUCAAUCAUGUCUUUAAUUCCAAAUAAGGCACUUUUUUUAUUUGUACUGAUGUAAAUAUUACUGGAGUUUCAGAAUGUGAAUUUAAAACUGACUAUGCCAGGUUUUGGCAUACGAUCCCCAAACAUUGAUUUAAGAGCCUUUUCGUUUCUUUUUGAUUUAAGCAUAAAUGGGGACUUUGUAUAAAAAAGAACCAUUGUUAAUAAAAUGUGAAAUGGCUCAUUAA